AUGGUUCGUCUUAACUGGGGCGCUGCCCUUUGCAUUGUUCCCUCUCUGGCUUCCUCAGUAGCCGGAAGCGUGAUUCCUGAUCAUGGAGAAUUUAACACCCUCUCACGUCGCGCAAUGCCGCAAUUCAACGGCUUCGAAAGCAAACCCGAAAGAAAAGAGCGCAUCGUGCAAUCCCUCAAAGACAUGGUAACAAUGGUAACAAAGGUGAUGGACGCGCUGUAUAGUGAAGAAGCAGCCGAUAAGAAAAUUGUCAAUGCCGUCCUUGGCCAGUAUUUCACCGAGGACCAACAGGGAACGGCCUUGGAAGUGAUCAAGGCCCUAGUUGAGCCUGCUCACAUUGACGGGACCACUGGCUCAGACGUCAUGCAAAUGGUCCAGUUCAACGCGGAGGACUUCGACAAAGCAUGCAUGCCUGGCAAGGAUCAAAAGGUGUGGUCGAACAAAAUCGCAUGGGGAUAUACGAAGCCCCGCACCUCUCCCAGUGAAAUCCAUUUUUGCGACUCCAAGCGGCGGGAUGCUUACAAGUAUCCUGACUUGGAUUCGAUGACUUGCUUGGAUGUAGGGAGUCAGGUGUCGUGGAAGAUGCUGCCUCUGGCAUAUGUCACUAUUCAUGAGUUGACUCACGCAAUCGACAUCAGCGGACCCAUUCUCGAGCCACUCUGUCUCGGAGAAUAUACCAAAGACCCUGCCUAUGGUCCUGAAUUGACUCGGGAGCUCCGCAAGAACCCCGACAACGAGAAAUACAAGGCUCUGUUUGAUAAAAUGAGUCCUCUCCAGAACGCCGACAGCUACGCCUGGUUUGUCACGGAAGCAUACUGGGCUCUCACUUGUGGACGUACUUUCGGUGCUCCUACUAGCAACCGAAAUUACUAUGAUGGAGUUUGCAAGGACAGCGCCCUGAACAAGGCGAUGUGUUUUGCUUCGUCUAUGAAUAUCUCCUAA